CGUGUGCUCCUCGAACCGCGACUUCUUCACCCGAGGGAUCUCGAAUCCUGCUCUUAUAUACCCGGACGAGUCAGGAGCCUCAGACACUCUUGCGAAAACGAGCGGAGGAACGGAUCGCUUCCAACAGGUGGACUGCACCCUGCAACAGAAUGAAGGAACUACUAGUAACGAUCACCCUCCUGUCUGUCGUUUCGUCUGAAGAAUUUGAGAUCAAAAAGCGGGGAGAGAUUCCUCCGGAAGUUGACCCGAAUUUCUGGCCGGUUCGAGGCAGACGGUCAUACUGGAACAGCGGAUUGCCACAUUACUUCAGCGGUUUAUCGCCACAGCGUCCAGAUGCAGAUUUCCUGGGAUAUUCGAAGGCGAUGAAAACCGCGUGUCCUUGGCCCGGCCCAGGUGCCUUCCUGCUGGACCAAGGAGAGCUGGCCUUCUCCGACAACUGGAGGGCUCGAUUCUGCCCAAAAAAGAAGUCGGUUUCGUUGAUCUUGCCGCUACGCGAAUGGCGGCCGGAUGAAUGCGACGGAGUUUCCGGAUGCGGCGAAGUGUGCGAUCGACUGUCUACGGCGCGAAGUCGCGAUCGGAGGAACAACGAGCAGUCGCGAAUCCAGGAGCCUCUUUACGUGGAGGAGCCAAGAUGGGUCGCAAUAGACUACAAGCAUCACGAGCUCGAGAGAUCGGCCGGUAAUGAGGAGCCUUUCUUUGUCGCCAGGGGGAAGAAAGGCGACGAUCGCAGAGAUUCUGACCGCAGAGGGCGAAGACAACUCGAGGAAGUCUUUGACUCGUACGAUGCCGAGCCAUUUUUCGUCGCCAGGGGAAAGAGGGAAGCAGUUGAAGAAGACGAGGACGAGGCUGGGGAAAAAACGAACGAAGAAGCGGUGCCGAUUUCAAAAAUGACUGGGCAGAAUAAAUACAAUUAUCACCUGAACCGCGCCUAUGCAAAAUAUGGCGCAAGCGCCAGGAGCAGGCGAGAAUCGGGCGGCCAUCGACACGCGGUGAAUAAUCAAGAAGACGAAAAGAAGACUAGGGAUUUUCGGGGACAAAAAUCCCUAGCGAAGAACUCCGAGUCGAAAACCGACGGAGAGCCGAAGGAGGCGGACGCUUUGGUGCAAAACGGACUUCUCGAUGACCAGGAGAGUCUUCAUCGACGAUCGGAACGUUCAUCCGAGCCUAACGAGGCCCCCGUAUCCGACGGAGAGGACGCAAAAUGGCGCAACAGCGUUCACCCCCGUUAUUCUGGGCCUCGUGACAAGCACUCCAAUUUACAAAGCAUACUCGAGGAGCCGUUUUUUAUUUCAAGGGGGAAGAAGGAUGGAGGAGAUGAAUAUUUAUACGACGCAGGUGAAGAGUUACCGGUUAGAACAACGCCCAGUGAGGAGGAAAGUGCGGCGAUCGACGACAUAUUGAAAAUUUAUCGCGGUCUCAAGACCAGCUCACUUUUGUACACCGGCGAGGGCUUUGAAUUAUCCGGAAUGCUUGGCGAACGCGGCUACGAGACUGCGAAAGCAAAAAAAUCGAAACAGGAUAAACCGCCGAGAAAUCGGAGAGGGAUGCUCGACGAUCUCCUGAAGAGUGACGAUCCCUUCUACGUUGCCAGAGGCAAGCGCAUCUUCGGAAGACUCGAGCCUUCGGAUUUUUCCCCGUCGAGACAAUCGGUGGAAACGAUUCGCAGAGAACCGUAUAAUAAUUACGAGAAUUCUGAAAGUGCGGGAAAAUUUUCACUGUUUGCUAAAACCACACGCACGAAGCUGCUCAGAAAAUUGUCAGAUUUUGUAAGACCCAAUCUUCGUAACUACACAAGCGUCACACUCAGCGGCCGUAAUUAAUCGGCUUUAAAAUACGAACAGAGUACAUAUAACGAAUGGAUUAAUAAGUAAAUUUGAACAAUUAUUAGCAGCGAACAAUGAGUAAAUAAAAUACAUAUUCACAUGUUCAAAGACCGUGGUUAUUUUUCACGGUUCGUUAUCCAGUUAGAAUAUUGAUGAUGAUUUUUUUUCUGUAUUUAAUUUUAACAAUUGAUAAAUAGUAUAUAAAUAAAUUAUAGCUAUAGGUAUCGAGGUAGAAAAUUACCGAUACACGUUCUGCUUCGUAAAAUUAUAAAUUUUAGUUAAAUUGCAUGUGUAUAAGUAAGUAAAGAUAUUGUAAGUUAAUUUAUCU